GUUUGGUGAACUUACAACGCAAGACUGCUUUAUGUUUAUUUGUUUUUUUAUGAGUUCUGAAUUAAAUUCCUCUUACCUUCACUCCUCUCUCCUGGAUUCUUGCAUCAGCGGGGACACACAACUGCAGCCAUGCGACGCCCUGACAGGAUGAACAGACAAAAAAGUACUGAAAAUGUAUCAAUUCCCAGGUUGUGGUUUCAGAAAAGUGGGCGUGGUUUUACAGGAGGCGGCUGCAGAAAAAGGAGGAGGGCCGUGGUGAGGAAGGGAGGUCUGGAAGGGCUGCAGUGAAACCUCACCAGUGUGUUGCCGAGCGCCGCUUUUAAACCCUUGGGCUGCGUCUCAGCUUGGGUUGACAUGUGGACUUCUGGAGUUCUCCAUCCAUGAGCACCACCAUGACAAGAAUGUUCUGGCGAAGACAAUCUGGUUCGGUGCGGCAUCCCCCUGCCCUCUAAAUGAAACCGAGAGCGUCCGUCUUCCAUCAUCGCCAGUGAUUGACACAUGAACACAAAGAUGAUUUCCGACGGGCUCUGCCCCAACAUCACAUGCAACGACACGACGGUGAAGGGCGACAGUAAGCCGGCGACGAGCAUCAUCAUGUUCUUGGCCGGCGUGGCGGGCAACCUUCUGGCCCUCUUCAUCCUGGGCGUGCACCGGAAGGAACACCGCUCCAGGUCCUCCGUCUUCUCCAUCCUGGUGACGGGGCUGGCCCUCACCGACCUGCUGGGCACGUGUCUCCUCAGCCCGCCCGUCUUCAUCUGCUACGCCCGCAACGUCUCCCUCAUCGGCCUGGGCGGCCAGGGCCUGUGUCAGCUGUUGGGCUGCGCCAUGAGCUUCUUCGGCCUGGCGCCCACCCUCAUCCUGUGCGCCAUGGCGGUGGAGCGCUGCCUGGCGAUUAGCCACCCGUACUUUUACUCGGUGCACAUCCGCCGCAGCUUCGCCAAGGUCACGCUGGUCACCGUUUACCUCUUCUCCUUAGCCUUCUGCCUGCUGCCGCUUGGCAGCAUCGGCAAGUUCAGGCAGUACUGCCCGGGCACCUGGUGCUUCAUCGACAUGGACGCCACCGGGGACGCCAACGCCGAGCGGGUGCAGGCCUUCUCGCUGUCGUACUCGUCCCUCAUGGCGCUGCUCAUCCUAGCCGUGUUCGUCUGCAACGGCUCGGUGAUCGUGAGCCUCUGCCGGAUGCACCGCAGCCAGGUGAUGCGGCGAGGCUCGGUGGGCUCCGCCGGCAGGAGGAGGAAGCUGAGCCUGGCCUGGUUCGGACGCGGCGAGGAGGAGAUGGACCACCUGGUGCUGCUGGCGCUCAUCACCGUUAUCUUUGCGGUCUGCUCGCUGCCACUAACUAUCGCAGGCUUCAUCAACGCCAUUCGCCCGUUUUGCGGCGACGACGAGAACCUGACCGCCUUCCGCUUCUACGCCUUCAACCCCAUCGUGGACCCCUGGGUCUUCAUCAUCUGCCGUAAGUCCGUCUUGAGACACCUGCGCUCGCUGCUGAGCUGCCGUUUCGGCAAAGGGGCCGGUGUGAAGAACCCGGCCAACGGUGCCAUGUCUUUGCCCCUGGAGGCCCACAUCCGGCGCCACUCCUCCCACGCCUCGCAGAGCAACUUCUACUCUGGGUUGCCGGCGUCGCCCAGCAAAAGCUCGCCGCUGUGCAAGUGAUGGAGGCCGCUUGACUAAAGACCGCUCGGUACUGGCCAGUGACUUUUCGGACUGGUCCGCGUGCGACCGAGAGCGCUGCGAGUCCAGGGACACGUUGAGGUCAUGUAACUUAGCCCCGCCCACCAUAGCCACAACCAUAGGUAUUGAGACCGCUCUUUUGUUAUGAGGUGAUGCUAGUGUUCCUAGUUAAGUGGCCACGGGGUGUUUUUCAUGAACGCAAAGAUGAAGGGAUUUGAUUGGCCAGGACUUUUUCAGUGUUGCGUAAGUUGAAAUUUACACAAGAAGACGGUGAAAUUUCCCCAUGUGAAUAAUUAGUUUGGAGGGGUUUUACUCAAAUGACCAAGUAUCGGUUCGUUGAUCAAGCAUCCAAACCCUGCCCAGAAGGCACAAGACAUUGAUACAACGUUGAUUGUACACUAUAUCGCCAAAAGUAUUUAGCCACCCAUCCAAAUGAUCAGAAUCAGGUGUCCUAAUCACUUGGCCCGGCCACAGGUGUAUAACAUCAAGUACUUAGGCAUGGAGACUGUUUCUACAAACAUUUGUGAAUGAUUGGACCACUCUCAGGAGCUCAGUGAUUUCCAGCGUGGAACUGUCAUAGGAUGCCACCUGUGCAACAAAUCCAGUCGUGAAAAGUCAAUUGUCGGCUUUAUUAUAAGGAAAUGGGAGAGUUUGGGAACAACAGCAACCCAGCCACGUAAAUUGACAGAGAGGGGUCUGCGGAUGCUGAAGCGCAUAGUGCAAAGACUUUCUGCACAGUCAGUUGCUACAGAGUUCCAAACUUCAUGUGACCUUCCAAUUAGCCCACGUACAGUACGCAGAUAGCUUCAUGGAAUGGGUUUCCAUGGCCGAGCAGCUGCAUGGAAACUCAUCAAGUCCGUGGGAUGCAGUGGUGUAAAGCACAUCGCCACUGGACUCUAGAGCAGUGGAGACGCGUUCUCUCGAGUGAUGAAUCACAUUUUUUUAUCUAGCAAUCUGAUGGACGAGUCUGCGUUUGGAGGUUGCCAAGAGAACGGUACAUUUCGGGACUGUAUUGUGCCGAGUGUGACAUUUGGUGGAGUAGGAAUUUAUGGUGUGGGGUUGUUUUUCAGGAGUUGGGCCUCAGUUCCUGUGAAAUGAACUUUGACUGCUCCAGGAUACCAAAACAUUUUGAAUAAUUCCAUGCUCCCAAUUUUGUGGGAGCAGAUUGGAGCGGGCCCCUUCCUCUUCCAACAUGACUGUGCACCAGUGCACAAAGCAAGGUUCAUAAAGACGUGGAUGAACUUGACUGGCCUGCACAGAGUCCUGACCUGACCCCGAUAGGACACCUUUGGGAUGAAUUAGAACGGAGACUGAGAGCCAGGCCUUCUCGACCAACAUCAGUGUGUGACCUCACCGAUACGCUUUUGGAAGAAUGCUGGAAGAUUCCUAUAAACACACUCGGCAACCUUGUGGACAGCCUUCCCAGAUGAGUUAAAGCUGUAAUAGCUGCAAAAGGUGGACCGACAUGAUAGUGAACCUUAUGGGUUAGGAAUGGAAUGGCACUUCAAGUUCAUAUGUGAGUCAAGGCAGGUGGCCAAAUACUUUAAGCAAUAUAGUGUAUGUCCUUUUAAAACUGACUUUUAAAAAAAACGCUGCAAAAUAGUAUUUGUAAAUUGAGACAAGGUUGGAUCCAAGCUGUUGAUUGGGGAACUUGACAUUGAAUAAAUGUCGUCAAAAAGCAUGUUGUUUCAACAUUGCAUUUGUGUUGUAGAAUAUCAAUUAGGAAACUACCAAAAAUCCUUGGUCAAAUCAACGUGGGCAAAAGGGAUGUUGUUUCAACGUUAUGUUUGAGUUGCUCAGCGUCAGGACCUCAUUGAACAAGUUAUCAACGUUGUUCUAAAGUCUUGUGCCUGCUGGGCGGUACGCACCAGACAACUUGACCAGUCUGGGACACGUGAGCUCCAAUUGGCUUCACAGACCAAAGACACAAAGGAGUCGGCAAAAAAGCAUGCAGAAGUGACAAAUGUCUGAAGUACCGUACCAAGUUUAUUUAUAGAGCCUUUUAAAAAAAAUGCAUUGGAAAUGCUGUCUCUUAGCUCUGUUGUCACCCUGCAAGUCUGUGUGUGCUCUGUAAAAGUAUGUUUUGGAAGCUUUUUGUGUGAUACGGGCUGGUAAAAUAUAGCAGCAGAAUAUAAAUAUUUGUCACGAAAGGUGUCCUAAGUUCGUCCUUUUGUGCAUACGUCGUGGACGUCCUAAAUCCGAUACUUACAGGGGUGCUCAAAACAUGGAGAUAUUUAUUUAUUUCGAUUCCUAAUCGAUCCAUCAUUUUCAAAUAUCGGUUAAAACGUCCUAAAUCCGAUACCUACAGGGGUGCUCAAAACAUGGAGAUAUAUUUACUUAUUUCGAUUCCUAAUCGAUCCAUACUUUUUAAAUAUCGGUAAAAAAAAAUAAAAAAAAUUGCAAAUGUAUUAAAAAUCAUUUUUUAGAAUAAAAAUAUCAAACACUGAUGUUAUUGUUAUUAAUACUGUUUUUAUUUUAUUUUAGUCUUCUAAAUUGCUUUGAAUUUAUUUUCUAAAUAUUUACGUAAAUAGGGCAGCACGGUGAAAGAGGGGUUAGUGCGUCUGCCUCACAAUACAAAGGUCCUGGGUUCGAUCCUGCGCUCGGGAUCUUUGCAUGUCCUCCCCGUGACUGCGUGGGUUCCCUCUGGGUAUUCCGGCUUCCUCCCACCUCAUGCACCUGGGGAUAGGUUGAUUGGCAACACUAAAUUGGCCCUAGAGUGUGAAUGUGAGUGUGAAUGUUGUCUGUCUAUCUGUGUUGGCCCUGUGAUGAGGUGGCGACUUGUCCAGGGUGUACUCCGCCUUCUCCCCGAUUGUAGCUGACAUAGGCUCCAGCGCCCCCCAUGACCCCGAACGGAAUAGGCGGUAGAAAAAGGGUGGAUGGAUGGAUGGAUUUAUGUAAAUACAAUUUUAAAAUUUUUAAAAGGACAUUUUUUUUAUUUUUAGGCCAACACUGCCCAUUUAAGUACUAUGUCAGCAGCCAAGAGAAGCUUUUGUUACCCAUAAGCUGUUUUGAAAAUGUUUUAUUAUAAUUUACAUACCAAAACAGAUUGCGAUAACUGUAUUGAAUCGGGUUCCGAAUUGAAUCCUCACCCCAACAAUCGGGAUCAAAUCGAGUUGGAGGUGCCCAAAGAUUCUCACCUACAGUAUUUAUAUUGCCCUGCGAUGAGGUGGCGACUUGUCCAGGGUGUACUCCGCCGUCCUCCCGAUUGUAGCUGAGAUGGGCACCAGCGACCCCAAAGGGAAUAAGCGGUAGAAAUGGAUGGAUGGAUGGAGUAUUUAUAUUGAUCUAUCUCAAGCUCACACUGGUGGUAAAGUAACUAGUUGUCAUCUAUUAAUUAUCAGCACUAUCAUUUAUCAGCACUUUUGCCAAAUUUGCCAUUUUUUCUCCCCCACUUCCCGUGGGACUUUGCCGGGGGCGUUUUGGACAUGUUGGGCAUCCAUGAAUUGAUUAACGUGGACCCCAACUUAAACAAGUUGAAAAACUUAUUCGGGUGUUACCAUUUAGUGGUCAAUUGUACGGAAUAUGUACUGAACUGUGCAAUCUACUAAUAAAAGUAUCAAUCAAUCAAUCAAUCUCUCGUGGGACUCGAAUCCGGGUGAGAUUUUUGAACAUUUUCAGGACUUUUGCUGACUUUUCCAACUUUUUUCUCCCCACUUCCGUGUGAAUAAAACAAUAGAUGAAUAAAUUAUAAAUGAAAAAAUAAUAUAAUAAUAAUAAUAAAUAAUAAUCCAUCCAGGGCUUCACGGUGGAAGAGGGGUUAGUGUGUCUGCCUCACAAUACGAAGUUCCUGCAGUCCUGGGUUCAAAUCCAGGCUCGGGAUCUUUCUGUGUGGAGUUUGCAUGUUCUCCCCGUGAAUGCGUGGGUUCCCUCCGGGUACUCCGGCUUCCUCCCACUUCCAAAGACAUGCACCUGGGGAUAGGUUGAUUGGCAACACUAAAUUGGCCCUAGUGUGUGAAUGUGAGUGUGAAUGUUGUCUGUCUAUCUGUGUUGGCCCUGCGAUGAGGUGGCGACUUGUCCAGGGUGUACCCCGCCUUCCGCCCGAUUGUAGCUGAGAUAGGCGCCAGCGCCCCCCGCGACCCCGAAAGGGAAUAAGCGGUAGGAAAUGGAUGGAUGGAAUAAUCCAUCCAUUUUCUACCGCUUAUUCCCUUUGCGGUUGCGGUGGGCGCUCGUGCCUAUUUCAGCUGCAAUCGGGUGGAAGGCGGCGUACAACCUGGACAAGCCGCCACCUCAUCGCAGAUAAAUAAUAAUCCAUCCAUCCAUUUUCUACCGCUUAUUCCCUUUUGGGGUCGCGCUGGUGCCUAUUUCAGCUAUAAUCGGGCGAAAGGCGGUGUACACCCUGGACAAGUCGCCACCUCAUCGCAGAUAAAUAAUAAUAAUAAAAUAUAAAUAAAAUAAAAGAAUAAAAACAUUAAACAACCAUUAUUGAUUUUAUUGUUACUAAUACCGUUUUCUUUUGAUUUGAUUUUUAUGUCUCCUGAAUUGCUUUGUGAAUGUAUUUUCUAAAUAUUCAUGUAAAUAAAAUUUUAACAUUUUUAAAAGAAUGUUUUUUUUUUUUAGGCCAACACUGCCCGUAUUAGUCCUAUGUCAGCAGCCAAGAGGAGCUUUUGUGACCUAUGAUCUGUUUUGAAAAGCUUUUAUUAUAAUUUACAUACCAAAACAGAUUGCGAGCAUUGUAUUGAAUCGGUUCUGAAACGAAUCCUCAACCUAAAAAUCGGAAUCAUAUCGAGUCGUGAGGUGCCCAAAGAUUCCCACCUACAGUAUUUAUAGUCCUCUUUCAAGCUAACACAGUCACUGAUGGGACAGUAACUAGUUGCCAUCUAUUUAUUUGCACAAAUUCAAUGAAACUUUAUUAUUCACAUAAGGCUACUUGUGUUUCUCGCUUUAAACCUUUAGAAAUGCCCAAAUUAAAUGUGCACUAUUUGUAUUUCCAGUAGGUUGUGACAGCACCAAUUAGGAUUUAAACCCCCACGUCUUUACAUGGACAUUUGAUGGUCUAUCUCGGUGGUUCUCAAACUAUUCUCACCAAGAACCACCUCAGAAAACACCUGGCUCAGCUAUUGCCAGCAUAAUCCAUCCAUCCAUUUUUCUACCGCUUAUUCCUUUUUGGGGGCGCUGGCGCCUAUCUCAGCUGCAAUCGGGCGGAAGGCGGUGUACACCCUGGACAAAUCGCCACCUCAUCGCAGGGCCAACACAGAUAGACAGACAACGUUCACACUCGCAUUCACACACUAGGUCCAAUUUAGUGUUGCCAAUCAACCUAUCCCCAGGUGCAUGGUUUGGGAUAGGAAGCCGGGGUACCCGGAGGGAACCCACGCAUUCACGGGGAGAACAUUCAAACUCCACACAGAAAGAUCCCGAACCUGGGAUUGAAUCCAGGACUGCAGGACCUUCGUAUUGUGAGGCAGACGCACCAACCCCUCUGCCACCGUGAAGCCUGCCAGCAUAAUGACCAACAUUAAAACACAGUAGCGCAGUAGGCCUAAGUAUUCAUUAAAAGCAAGGCUUUAUUGAGAAAAUGUAUUUAAUAUGUUUGUCCACUGUAACAUUACACACAGUUUGAAUAUAAGACAAUAAUACACUGUGCUUAAAUAACUAUCCAUCCAUCCAUCCAUUUUCUACCGCUUAGUCCCUUUCGGGGUUGCGGGGGGCGCUGGCGCCUACCUCAGCUACAAUCGGGCGGAAGGCGGGGUACACCCUGGACAAGUCGCCACCUCAUCGCAGGGCCAACACAGAUAGACAGACAACGUUCACACUCGCAUUCACACACUAGGGCCAAUUUAGUGUUGCCAAUCAACCUAUCCCCAGGUGCAUGGUUUGGGAUAGGAAGCCGGAGUACCCGGAGGGAACCCACGCAUUCACGGGGAGAACAUGCAAACUCCACACAGAAAGAUCCCGAACCUGGGAUUGAAUCCAGGACUGCAGGACCUUCGUAUUUUGAGGCAGACGCACUAACCCCUCUGCCACCGUGAAGCCUGCCAGCAUAAUGACCAACAUUAAAACACAGUAGCGCAGUAGGCCUAAGUAUUCAUUAAAAGCAAGGCUUUAUUGAGAAAAUGUAUUUAAUAUGUUUGUCCACUGUAACAUUACACACAGUUUGAAUAUAAGACAAUAAUACACUGUGCUUAAAUAACUAUCCAUCCAUCCAUCCAUUUUCUACCGCUUAUUCCCUUUCGGGGUCGCGGGGGGCGCUGGUGUCUACCUCAGCUACAAUCGGGCGGAAGGCGGGGUACACCCUGGACAAGUCGCCACCUCAUCGCAGGGCCAACACAGAUAGACAGACAACAUUCACACUCGCAUUCACACACUAGGGCCAAUUUAGUGUUGCCAAUCAACCUAUCCCCAGGUGCAUGUCUUUGGAAGUGGGAGGAAGCCGGAGUACCCUGAGGGAACCCACGCAUUCACGGGGAGAACAUGCAAACUCCACACAGAAAGAUCCAGAGCCUGGGAUUGAAUCCAGGACUGCAGGACCUUCGUAUUGUGGGGCAGACGCACCAACCCCUCUUCCACCGUGAAGCCUGCCAGCAUAAUGACCAACAUUAAAACACAGUAGCGCAGUAGGCCUAAGUAUUCAUUAAAAGCAAGGCUUUAUUGAGAAAAUGUAUUUAAUAUGUUUGUCCACUGUAACAUUACACACAGUUUGAAUAUAGGACAAUAAAACACUGUGCUUAAAUAACUAAUCAAAUCAAAUUAAUUGCACAUAAUUAAGUGAUUAUUUCUUUGGUGCAGCUGUGACUUGUAGUUGUGAGUGGCGGCUUUUGCAAAUGUAUUUAUUACUCCUUGUUCAUUGAGAUUCAGCCGUGCAUGAGGCCGACACAGGUGCUUGUUGUGUGACAUGUGAUUCCAUUAGGAUGAAUGUAAGAUUUUUUUAAAUUGCACUGUACUUUUUUUUUUUUUUCUGUGUGAAAUGCAAUGUCAGCAAAGAAAACAGGUACGGAACUGCAUGUAUUAAGUGUAAAUGUUGACAAUGAGAAAUAUAUAUCUGACUUUUUUUGAUUUUGUGGCAGUAUGUUGUGAUUGUGGACGCACAUGUUAUUGAUGCCUGUUUCAUGAAAUAUAGGCUAUUUUAAAGUCAA